AUGCUGAUCAAGGGACCUAGAGCUGCACUGAAGACGCAUCCCGAUAGGGUCGCGUCAGAAUCCCCAGACCGUGCAGAGCGCACGCGCAAGUUCCAGCUCGUCAACGACGCCUACUACACUCUCUCAGACCCCACGCGCCGACGCGACUACGACGCGCAGCGCAAGCUGUUCGGUGGCGCACCAUCUACCGAACCCGGCCGCAGCUCAGACGACCCGUUCGGCGACCCAGACGAAGAGAUCCCUGGCGCAUUCCCUGGCGGCGCGGCAGGGGCUGGUGGCAGUUUCCCGUCAUGGGCGUGGAACUUCUUCAAGAACCAGAGCGGCGGUGGCGCAGCGAAUGCCGAGGACAGGCAGCGCACCGAGGAUGCGCAGUUUGAGGAUGUCUUUGAGGAGAUGAUGCGCGAUGAGGGCAUGGCGGAGGACGGCUCCAACAGGCCGACCAGCAGGUUCUGGAGCAUGAUCGGCGGCGCGAGCGGUGGCGCCUUGGGCUUCAUCGUCGCCAACGUACCCGGCGCAGUGGCGGGUGCAGUCGCCGGCAACAGGCUCGGGGCUGUGAGAGAUGCCAAGGGCAAAAGCGUCUACUCGGUUUUCCAGGAGCUGCCGCAAGGUGACAGGGCGAGGCUGCUGAGCCAACUGGCCGCCAGGGUAUUCAGUCACGCUGUUGGAGUGUAG